GGGUAGCAUGCGAGGCGAACCUUGGUGUAAAGAGAGCGGUAACUGUCAAAGACACACAGCAGGAAUACUUUUUCUAGUAGUUGCGGCACUUGUUCAAGUUGAUUCAGCGGCUUUGCGACUAGCUGGCGGAAGUACAGCAGCGGAAGGCACAAUUGAGAUACUGCGCAACAAAACAUGGUGGGUUAUUUGCGAUGACGGGUUUAGUCUUGCUGUAGCACGUGUUGCCUGUAAAGAGUUGGGGUACCCAGACGUCGUAAAAGUCCACAACAAUUCUUUCUAUGGUCGAGGAAAUAUAGCAACUUUGCCGAAUAAAUAUAUCUGUAGUGGCAUGGAAACAACUCUAAGCGGCUGUCCAAACGAAACAAAACAGCAAUGCAUUAACGAUGACGUAGUGGGAGUUGAAUGCGAUACACAAACUGUUGGUCUUCAAGACGGAGACAAUGUACACAAGGGAAAAUUAAAAGUGUAUUAUAACGGAGAGUGGAGACCCAUUUGUGGCAGCAACUGGACAUACUGGAACGAAAUGGUUGUGUGCCGUCAUUUGGGAUGCAACGCUGUGUGUCGAUUUCCUUUAACGUCAGAUGAAAUUAUCUGGUCGGAACCUACGUUUUCGAUUCAUUGUCGAGGAUACGAAACUUUAUUGGCCGAGUGUUCAAUUCGGUACGUGGACCAUUGUCGGCAUUAUGUUUCUGUUGGAAUCUCUUGCACGACGUUGAGACUGGUCGGUGGAAGUACAGAAGCGGAAGGAUCCAUUGAGAUAUUGCGCAAUAACCAAUGGUGGACUAUUUGCGACGACGGUUGGGAUGAUGUUGAUGCACUUGUGGUGUGCCAAGAGCUGGGAUACCCGGGCGUUCUCAAAUCUCACCGUAAUUCUUUCUAUGGUCGAGGAAAUAGAACAAUAUGGGCAAGUGACUUUAAAUGUAACGGCUCCGAAACAACUCUGAACCAAUGUAACUUCAAAAACGACACAGAAGAUCGCUGCAUCAUGGACGGAAUAGCAGGAGUUGAAUGUGAUUCAAAGACUGUGCGUCUUCUUGACGGAGAACAUUCACAGAAUGGAAAUGUAAUAUUGUAUUAUAAUGGACACUGGGGCAGGGUUUGUGGUGUUUACUGGGAUCCUGAUGAAGCAGUGGUUGUAUGUCGUCAACUGGGGUACAAUAGUCUUGUACAGUCUUAUUCGACUCAAUGGCCAUCUAUCAAUGCAAGAAGAAUAAGAAGACAAUAUGACGUCAAAUGCAACGGAUCAGAAAGUUCAUUGCUGAAGUGUUCUGUCUACAGAGAUCUAUACGGCAAUCACCAAGAACAAGCGAGCAUUACUUGCUCGGCUUUGCGACUAGUCGGCGGAAGUACAGCAGCGGAAGGCACAAUUGAGAUACUGCGCAACAAAACAUGGUGGGUUAUUUGCGACGACGGGUUUAGUCUUGCUGAAGCACGUGUUGCAUGUAAAGAGUUGGGAUACCCAAGCGUCGUCAAAUUCCACAACAAUUCUUUCUAUGGUCGAGGAAAUAGAACAACUUUGCAGACUAAAUUUAAAUGUAGUGGCAUGGAAACAACGCUAAGCGGCUGUUCAAACGAAGCAAAACAACGAUGCAAUAACGAUGACGUAGUGGGAGUUGAAUGCGAUACACAGACUGUUCGUCUUCGAAAUGGAGACAAUGUACACAAGGGAAAAUUAGAAGUGUAUUAUAACGGAGAGUGGACACCCGUUUGUGGAAGCGACUGGACAUACCACAACGCAAUGGUUGUGUGCCGUCAUUUGGGAUACAACGAUGUGUCUCAAUUCUCUUUAACGUCAGAUGACUUUAUCAGGUCGAAACAUUCGAUUUCGAUUCAUUGUCUCGGAUUCGAAACUUUAUUGGCCGAGUGUUCAAUUCGGUACGUGGACCAUUGUCGGCAUUAUGUUCCUGUUGGAAUCUCUUGCAUGUCUUUGCGACUAACGGAUGGAGCUGCAAACUCAGAAGGCAUUGUUGAGAUUUGGAAAAACAACCAGUGGUGGAACAUCUGCAAUACUGGUUGGGACUCUGCUGACGGAAUCGUUGCUUGCAAGGAGCUCGGCUAUCCAAGUGGUUUGAAAUCUCUUAGUCACUCUUAUAUGGUUCGAGGAAAUAGAUCCAUUAUGUCAUUAAACGAAUUUGACUGUACUGGGCGGGAAAGAGCUUUGGCGGAUUGCCCGGUUAAAAACAGACAGGAUCAAUUUUGUGAUCACGGUUUGGUAGCUGCAGUCAUAUGCGAUAAUACUCCAUAUAUUCGCCUCCAUAACGGAAUUCAUUUUUAUGAAGGAAACAUAGAGUUGUAUUAUGAAGGAAAGUGGGGCUACGUUUGUGUAAAUGGGUUGAGCUGGGAACAUAUGACUGUUGUAUGCCGACAGUUGGGAUACGAUACGUGUUUGAAUUUAUGGCAAUUCCCAGCUCUAUUAGGAGGAUCAAAACGUGUAUUUUCGAUUGAUUGUAAUGGAUCCCAACUCUCACUGCAGAACUGUUCAAUAAAGAACUCGUCUCACUGCGAUGAAUUAAGAGCCAUCCGCUGCUGUAAGUCUACUACAUAA